UAGGAUUCCUUUUGUCACUUUCACAUGUCGUCUGUUGCUGAAGAGGUUGAUAUGUCAGAAAAACAAUGCAGAAUUUGCUAUCUGAGUGUAGAUGGAGGUGACGAUGAGGUGGUGGAUGAGGUUAUGGAAUUGGGGUGUGACUGCAAAGAUGAUCUGGCUAUUGUUCAUAAGGAAUGUGCACUAACUUGGUUCAUGAUCAAGGGAGAUUUCACCUGUGAGAUCUGUGGUUCCAAAGCGCAAAAUGUUGAAGAAAUAGCGCCGAAUGUUGCACCUCAACAGCAGACACAGGAUGUAAACCAUGUUGGUGUCGAACUUCAGGUUGUUGAAGAAGCUGGACCUAUUUUCGAGCCACAAAGUGAAAGAGUCUUCAGGAUGGAACACAAGUUCUUGUUAGUCCUGCUUUGCUUGACGGUUAUCGCCUUUAUCAUUUCUAUGCUGGUUCACUUCAACAAGUUGCACUGAACUGCGUAUCUUUGAUCAAGUGAGAAUUGAAUUUGAAUUGUUGUUGUUC